AUGGAAAAACGGGAACGCUUGUUGAUUUCGGGGUUAUUUAUUUCAGUGAUUUUUAGAAUGUCUCGAGUGGGUAUCCCAUGUCCUGUGCCAGUGAAGUUAAAGCGCCAUUUGCUUGUUAUGACGUUGAUUGGUGAAGACGGCGUGGCAGCACCUCGUCUCAAGAAUAUUGACUGGGAAUUUUACACCCUCGAGGAGAGAAAGGAUAUCUUUGUGCAAGUACAAGAUAUUAUGUGUCGUAUGUACAAAGAUUGUAAGCUGGUUCAUGCAGAUCUAAGUGAGUUCAACCUACUGUUGGCAGGCGGGAAGGUAUAUGUCAUCGACGUGUCUCAAGCCAUGGACUUAUCGCAUCCAAGAAAUCUUCACUAUCUGAUCAGAGAUAUUGAGAAUGUUCUGGCGUUCUUCCAUAAACUCGAAAUUCCGGAGUUACCCACUCCAGUAGCAUUAUUCAAUUUGAUCACAGAUUUAGCGAUGACCGAGGAUGGGUCUCUUCUUGUUCAGGUGGAACGUUUUGCGGAGGAUAACAGACUCAAUUCAAUUAACAAAUCGAAACCGGCUGACUUUGAGUGGGCCGCCUACAAUAAAGAAAGAAAGGAGCGUGGCGAGUCGCCCGCCAGGGAAUACAACUGA